UGUUGUUGAUGGCCAAUUCGCUGACAACCUCGAACAGGCAUGUAAACAAACCAUCCCCUUUGCCUGUUCUGCCUGUGCACACUUCCGAAACUGCGUCCUGGCCAACGCUCCUGACAUUGGUUUCCAUGGCGAUCUGUUAAGGACAACAAAAACAGUUUUCUUCAGGGCAGCGGUCCGAGCUGGGUGCAAGGACGUUACGCUGCCGAAAAAGUGGGUUUUUCUGAUUGAAUUCCAGUCUUAAUCCCACCUUAACAAUGUCCAAUCGGUACAAGUUUGUCUACAACGCGUGUGUUGAGUUCUUCGGUGUGACGACACUGGAAAACGGUGACGUCAUCAAGGAGUUCCUUGACAACGAGGAUGUUACCGUGCUGGCGGCCGUUUCCGUGGACGGUGAAGUGUUACUGCAAAACAGUGUUCCGGUCGAGAACCAGUAUGGACUGCUGUUUUACAAGAUACCGAACCUGGAUUUUAGUGGCCACACGGGAGCAGCCAAGAUAGGAUUGCUCACACUCGAAGGUGGAUUGGCAAAGUCUAUCUACAACUCGCUGCAGCGUGUCUUUUCGCCGUACAUACUGAAGAAGUGUGAAUAUCCGGCCGAGAUUCGUACCUUGCUGCAGAACCUUCACUCCAGUCUAGGACUUUCGCUCGGACUUACGGAGUCCGGGAUACUGUCGCUUCACGAUGAGGUUAGCUUUUGGAUGCACAAGACGAAGGCAUUGCCGACCAAGGCGGACCGGGAAGCGGCUCGAUCGUUUGCAACCAUUUUGGAACGGAUUAGUCAACAAUUUGGAGAUAAUGAGGCGAUGAGCUUGAACAAGCUGGACGAAAUGAUCGACGUGUGUCAGUCGGCGCUGGACGAGAUAUGGCGCUUGCCGAAUCACUAUCCGCAGAACCGGAUGUGCAGCAUCUUCGAUAUGAUUUCGGUUCGAGUCGUAAAUUCUUGUACGGAGCAUCUGACUGAGCUAGACGUUUGGGAUAUUGGUACGGUUUCGCUAGAUGACGCAAUCGGGCACGUGAAGGAAACGCUCGAUUCUUGGAUCCAAACCUUCGAUUCUUUGACGCGCUUGUUUUGGCCCAACUAUGAGCCUCAUCCUUGGCUAGGAGAACCGUACCGAUCGAAGCUACUGACCAAAUUUCAAAGCAGAUAUAAGGAGAUUUUGGAGAUACGUCACGUGAAAGACCUCCUUUAUGCACUGUUCUUUGAAAGCGAAAAAUAUUUUCCACUGGCUAACGAAGUUGCGUUGCCGUUUCAUGGAAUAAACAUCUACGAUCUUACCCCGCUCGGGAACAAGCGUUGGGAAACGGCCAAGGCCAAAAUGGAGCACGCACUCGCAAAGAUUGACGAAAGUGCAGCGUUCAUACUGCAGCAAAAGAUCCUCGAAACCGGUGGAAAUCCUCGCCACACGGUGAUGGUGUUUAAUCGUUACAAAGAAAUUCUAACCCGACCCUUGAUCAUGGAAACCCUGGCUGCAGAGCGCAAUCAAGUGUUUCGUGGCAUCGAUUCGAUGAUACGAGAGUUGCGCGAAAUGCUUACCUCGACAAACUUUACGGAAAGCAACGUGACCCCGAUCGUCGCCGAAACGCGCUGCUACCGUGUGGUGGAGGACGAGCUGGUGCAGCUGGAAUCGAUCGUCGGUGCACUGUGCCGCGAUCGGGACGGGCAGGCGGAAGCGCUGAAGCGAAUUACCGAGUUCAAGGAGGAAAUGCAAGCUCUCAUUCGGGGCAACUUUGAAACGUGGACCGAAAACUCCAUGAUGGCCAUCAGGGAUGGAGUGCUGAGCCUGAGAGAAAACCAACCCGUCGUGGUGUUUGACAAGUCGGACAAUCAGCUCAUGAAGGUAACGUUCGGACCGAAGUUGGUCACGUUCAUCGAUGAAGCGCGCCAUCUGCAAAAUCUCGGGCUGAAACACUCGCCAGAAAUUCUGCGCAAUGUGUCGCACUCGAUGCGGUUUGUAGCACACGCUCGGCGAUUGCAGCAGGUGGCCACGUUUCACAACACCAUCGGUGGUGUCAUGGUGCCCUGCAUACGUCCGAUCAUGCUGAAAAAUGCGAUCGAGUUUUCGAAACUCGUGAAAAGUGAGUCCGUCUCCUGGAGCGAGGAAGAAUCCGUCGAACGCUACAUCGAAGCCUUGCAGGAAGCUGUGACGCGUUUGCUUAAAGAUAAUAAUCUACUUACCGGACAUCAUGAACAGGCUCGCAAGGCUAUUGUGAAGCUGAUGGACACGGAUCUUAUUCGUCAGGCGAACGUGUGGAAGGAAGAGAUACGCAACCUAAGGGAGAUCGUUGUGAGCAUGGAACGUCAGGGGUAUGGAAAUUUGCAUCCGUUCAAGCUCCAUUGGGACCACCAGCUGUACAAGGUGCUCGAGUACCAGUACAUCGUCGGGCUGCUGGAUGUACACCAGAAACUGCCGGAAAUCCACGUUGACUUAAUAUUUCGUCAGCAGCGCAUUCAAUUUCGACCGACGCUGGAAGAGAUUCGAUCGAAGUACUAUUCACAGGUACGGCGAUUCAUCGAAAAGCCGGUCAACUUCAAGGGUCUUUCGGACCAGAGUGGGGCACUGUUUAAGACUAUGAUCGAUCGGAACUAUCAGCACUUUGGCGUGAUCUACGAGAAGGCAGAGAUCGUGUUCCGUCAGCUGCUAGAAUUUCGAGACAGUUGGCUACCGUUCGUGGCGCUAGGCAUGGUGGAUCUGGAGCAGCUCUGUACGGUUCACUGUACCAGCUGGCAGCAUUGGGACAAUAAUUUUCGUGCCUGUAAGCGAUUCAGUCAACAGUUGGCCAGGAUACAGGAGCGUGAGAAGGAGAUCGAUUGUUUGGUGAUCAACUAUGCUCCGUUAUGCAGUGACAUUGAGGCGCUUAGUCGACGCUACUGGGAAGCAUUGGCCAGUAGUCUUCGGACAUCAAUUUUGGACAGUAUUGCGGAGAUCCAGGAGUAUCUGGCGUACUCGUUCAAUGUGCUGCAAAACAUUCCGCAGGACGAGCUGGGAAUAGCUGAGUCGAGCGCAAAGUACGAGAAGAUCAUUCACGAUCUACCAAAGAUGGGUGAGCUGAUGAAGGCUCUGCAAGGAAAAGAUUCCUGUUUGGCUGGCUGGUGUAAGGAACGAGUGUCUGCGUUGGGAGGCAUCCUGUUGCAAUGGAACCAGCUCCAGCCGUUGAUUGAUAAUCACCAGACGCUGCUGCAAGGAAGGUUGGACAUUAUAAAGGAGAACAUUCUACGGCAAAUCAAUGAGCUGAACGAUGAGGCCGAGAAGUUCUCCAUCCGGUGGGAGUCAACCAUCAGAGAUUUGGAGACUAAUGACAAUGCAGACAUGUCGCUGUUCCGGGAACGACAAGGCCAAUGGAAGCAGAUCCUCACCAAGCGAGAAUCCUUGAACAAACAAACGGAAAAGUUCAACAUAAACGUCCCGAAAGAGUUCAAUGAAAUCUUCACCAAACUGGAGCAUGAUAUUACGGAGCAAGGCAAAAAUUGGGACAUCUUUAACGAAUUUCUCAACGACUACGACACUGUGGCCAACGAGGAGUGGACCAUCUAUCGUCGGCGUCCUCACCUGUUGACGGACUUCAUCGGUCGCUGGGAGAAGGCUCCCGCUGGUCAGCAGGUCAGUGUUGCCAGUACUCGCAUCAACACCACCAUCGAACGGUACAAAGGAGCCCUACCGGUACUGACAACACUGCAGUCUGACGCACUGAUUGAGAAGCACUGGGCAAAGCUGUGUAUGAUGCUAUCGAUCGAUUCGAAAUCACAACACGAUCUGUGCUUGGGUGACGUCCUUGGAGCCAGUGACAAAUUGUUGGACCAGGCGGCGGACAUACAGGCCAUCGUGCGCAGUGCCGCCUCGGAGCACGUCAUCCGGCAGGCUAUUGUGGAGCUGGAGCAGUGGAGUGCGACCGCCAUGUUGAAGCUGAUAGACUACACCGACUCGAAGGGCAGUGCAAUGAAGCUGAUCAAGGACUACGUGGAAACGCUGAACAAGAUAGGCGACAAUCAGUUUUUGCUGCAGUCGGCGAAAAAUUCGGCUUCUUUCGAGUCGUUCUCCGACCAGGCGGAUGUUUGGGAAGAAAAGCUUAACAACCUCGACUACAUCGUGACCCAUCUGAACCAGAUACAGAAGCGAUGGAUCUAUCUGGAGCCAAUCUUUGGCGUUGGCACGUUGAAAAAGGAAGAGGCCGUGUUUCGAAGCAUCGACAAGAACUUUCGCUACAUCAUGAAGGAAAUCGCAGACGAUCCGCGCGUUGUUUCGGUGAACAAGAUCAACAAUGUGCUGUCGAUCAUCGAAACACUUCAAGGACAGAUCACACGCUGUCAAAACGCACUGAGCGCGUACAUCAAAUCGAAGCGUAAUGCUUUUUCGCGCUUCUACUUCCUCUCCGACGAUGAUCUGCUGGAGCUGCUGGGACAGUCAUCCAAGGACAGUAUCGUGCAGAAGCACAUUCGCAAGCUGUUCCCCGGUGUUUAUCGUUUGCUCUUGGAGGACAGCUGCACCCGGGUGAUUGGAUUCGCUAGUGAGGAAGGGGACGAAGUUCGACUCGUCGAACCUAUCACGAUCCAGGGAAUUCCCGUCGAGGAUUGGUUGAACGUGUUGGUGGAGAAGAUUAAAGACACAUUACGCACCCUACUCGUACAGUGCUUGCAAGUGACAGACUCGUUCGAUUCCACCACGCUCGAGCGGUUUCCGAUGCAGAUCAUUUGCUUGGCCAAUUCGAUCGCUUUCACCAAACGCACGGAAAAGGCAAUCAUUGGCAUGCAGUUGGCAAAUCUGAAGCAGCACGUGCAGAAUGAAAUAUCAAAGUACUCGGCGUUGCUACAGCAAAACGCAAAUCAGCUUACGGGGAUCAAACUGCGCUCGCUACUUAUCGAUCUAGUGUAUCAGCAGACCACGGUCGACUACCUGCUCGCACACAACGUGACAAACGUGAGCGACUGGUACUGGCUCCAGCAGCUCAAAUUCUACGCCGACCCGAAGGCGAACGUUACAGUGCGCAUGGUGUACGCCGAGUUCCGCUACUCGUACGAGUUUCUGGGCAAUUACAGCAAACUCGUGUACACUUCCCUGGCGCACAACUGUUAUUUAAUUCUAACGCAGGCCAUGCAGCUGGGACUGGGAGGAAACCCGUUCGGACCGGCCGGCACAGGGAAGACGGAGUGCGUAAAGUCACUCGGUGCGAUGCUUGGUCGGUUGGUGCUCGUGUUUAACUGUGAUGAAAAUAUCGACACAGCAGCGAUGGCUCUGAUCCUCUCCGGGUUGGCCCGUUGCGGUGCUUGGGGAUGUUUCGACGAGUUUAACCGACUCCAGGAGGCAACGCUUUCGUCUAUCUCAAUGCUAAUACAACCGCUCCAGCGAGCGCUCAAAGACAAACACUCGGAAGUGACCAUGGGUGGAGAAACCAUUCCGCUCGAUCAACACUGUUGCGUGUUCGUCACACUGAAUCCGGCCGGUGAAGAGUACGGAGGUCGACAGCAACUCCCGCUUAACCUGCAAGCGCUGUUUCGUCCGAUCGCUAUGCAGGCUCCACGGCCCCAACAGAUCGCUCGCGUCACCCUGUUCGUGGAGGGUUUCAAGCACGCGGAUCGUCUUGGAGCUCAAAUCGUGGAACUGUUUGAGCUGUCGCACAAGAUCCUUUCCCGGCAACGACACUACGAUUGGGGUUUGAGAGAGCUUAAAGCUGUACUGUUGGCUUGUGGCGGUGUCCUGAAAUGUACUGAGGGCGAGUCACGCGAAUACGCACAAGAAGCGGCAGUGGUAGUGAACGUAAUCCGUGCGAACUUGAUGUGUCGACUUACAAUAUCCGAUGCCAAACGGUUCGAUGUGCUGCUUACCAACGUGUUUCCGGGUAUUGCAAUCGCGCCCACCGCAAAUGCUGACCUGCGAGCGAAGAUUGUGGAUGCCUUCUCUACAUUGGGCCAGCAGCAGAACGAGCGGCAGGUGGAGAAAUGUUUGGAGCUUCAGGCACAGCUUCAGAAGCGUAUGGGUGUGGUGGUGAUCGGUCCUCCACAGUCCGGGAAAACGACCAUAAUCGCGCUGCUUAAAGAAGCGCUAAUAGCGCAGGGACAGAUCAUCCGCAUCCACACCAUCUCACCCAAAUCGAUGAACCGUGUGCAACUGCUUGGAAAGCUCGAUCCGGACACACGCCAAUGGACUGACGGUGUUUUGACGUCGAUGGCCGUUGCAGUCAAUGCCGAGAGCCGCAACGUUACCUCGUGGAUUAUCUGCGACGGAGACGUCGAUCCGGAGUGGAUUGAGGCACUCAACUCGGUACUGGACGAUAACCGACUCCUAACGCUACCCUCCGGAUGGCGCAUUCAGUUCGGCAGUAAUGUGAACUUUAUAUUUGAAACACACGAUCUUUCGACGGCCUCACCUGCGACGAUCUCGCGCAUGGGUAUAAUCAAUCUAAAUGCCGAGGAUCUACCGUAUCAGCUUAUUGUGUCGGGUUGGUUGGCAAGACAUUCGCAAGACGAUGUGUUGAAAUCGUACUUCGAUCAACAUCUCUACCGUGCUAUCGAUUGGAUUGAAGAACACGGGGAAAGACCAUCGGGCUACGCGCUAGGGAGUCUCGCCCAGUCUGGACUCAUAGCGAUCGAAAGCGCCAAGAACACGGACCAGUUUUGUGCCGAUUUGCUCUGCGGUCUGAAUGGAGUGCUUGGUAACGCGGCGAAGAACGCUCUCUCGAAUCAGGUGUACGCCUGGGCGGACAUAGCAAUCACGGAUGGAGCCGUGGCUGAGUAUCACUAUUACAACAGCUUCCGGGAUAUGAUCGAGCUGUACAGUACGGAUGACAUUACGGGGGCUACUAUUGAAAAUGGAAGCUACGUGAAUGUACUCGUCAGAACGCCGCUCAUGAAACUGAACAGCGAUUUGCUCAAGUGUAUCAUUGCCUCCAAAGAACGGCACGUGACACUGCUUGUCGGACCGAGUGGCAAUGGCAAGAGUCUCCUGCUGCAAACAAUCGUGAGCGAGUUUAGUGGCUAUCAGCUGGUAACGAUCAACUGCAGUGCCCAACUGACCACCGCCAACAUCCUCUACACGCUCAAGCAGAACUCUCUGAUCGUGACAACCGUCAAGGGGAAGGAAUAUCGUCCAAACUUCUCCCGGAUUGUGCUCUACCUGAAGAACAUCGAUCUUUGCACGGUAGAUUCUUGGGGCACGUGCGAAGUGGUGGAGUUGCUCCUGCAGCUCAUAAACAGACACGGUUUCUACUCGGACGGUGUCGAAUGGAUAAGUGUGAGCGGUGUUCAGGUGUGUGCCUCGGUGACGGAUCUCGAUAAAACGAUGCUUUCUCCACGGUUUCUCUCCAUGUGUCGUUUGGUUCGCUUCGGCCAACCGACCGAACAUGACAUGGAAAGCAUCGUUCGAAGUAUUCUGCUCCCAGUUUACAAUCAGCUGAUAAAGGGAACUACACGGCUGAAGCUGCACGAGCUAGUACGCUCCAUCAUCAACGUGUACGUGAAGAUCAACCAACAGUUCCCACAUAGUGAAGCGACCCACUACCGCUUCACGCCAAAAAUGAUCGAGAAAUGGAUCUCGGAAGUGUUGUUCUAUAGCGAGGAAAACUUUGGAAAAGCUCUGCAGUACGAGGGUUAUCGCAUAUUUUGCGAUCGUUUAGUAUCGAGGGAGGAUCGCGAACAGUUUGAGGACAUCAUGCGCGAAGAGUUCGCCAUGUUGGAACGGAUGGAGCGAAGUGAGCUGUAUGUGCCAAAGGAAGGUGCUCAGCGGCGUGGUGAUAUGCACAUGAUUUCGUUCGAGCAGUGGCGCAGUAUGAUCGACCAUAGCAUUACGAUUUGUAAUGCAGAAAAUGUACUCAUUGAUAUACCGAUAAGUGGAGCUUUUUGUGAUACAGUCGCCGCCAUUAGUCGAGCUUUAUCACGCCCCUGUGCGAACUUGGUACUGGUUGGCCGAGCGGGAUCGGGCCGACUGCAAGCACUGUACACGGCUUGUACGAUGCUGAACGUCCGCGUAGCGUUUCCUCAGAUGUCACGCCACUAUUCGAUGGCGGAGUUUAACAACGAUCUCAAGAUAGUGAUGCAGAACUGUGCCCUGGAGAAUGAACCCGUUGCCUUCUUUCUGCAUCAUGCCGUUGCCAGCUAUCUACCGGAUGCAAUGAAAACGUGCGAAGCGAUACUAGCCGGAGGAGAUUUGGCUGACUUUUUUGGAGAUGAUCUAGAAAAUAUCGCCGCCCCGUUAAAACCUCAAGCAGCGCUGGAAUCCUUCCAGAUGUCACUGUCAGCGUACUUCAUUCAACGGCUACGCUCAAACUUCCAUCUCGUGGUGAUCUUGGAGUCUGGGUCGCCCACCGUACGAUCGCUCUUUGAAAGCUAUCCUGCACUGUAUCAGAAGUCAGAAAUGAUAUGGAUACUGCCGGAAGCCGUAUCCAGUGCUGAAGAUUUGCGAACUUAUCUCACAGUAAUUGGAAACUCUGGAGACGCUGUUCAACAAGCGCAACAAGAAACGAGCGCGAUCGUUCCACUGCCGGUGUACUUUAACGAUUUAAUCGAUUUGAAGCUUUCCGAUUGGAGCCUGUGCCCGCUGCGGCGAGUCUAUCUGAUCCGAUCGUACUUCCAUCUGUACGGCCAGGAAAAGACCCAGAAAGAGCAGUACAAGGCAAAGAUCCAGAUCGGGGUCGAUAAGCUGUCGGAAACGCAUCGCGUCGUGGAACAGUUGAAGAUCGUGGCACAGGAAAAGCAGCAAGCGUUGGCGGAAAAGCGCAAACUAGCGAACCAAUCGCUCGACAUGAUCUCCAACACGAUGAGUUCGGCGAACGACAAGAAAACGGAACUGCUCGAACUGCAGCGCCAGGCACAGGAGAGCAGCGAGAAGCUUAUCGAGCGGAAGCGAGCAAUCGAAGAGGAACUCAGCCUGGUGGAACCGACAUUGCGCGAGGCAAGCGCUGCUGUGGGUCAAAUCAAAACCGAAGCCUUGUCCGAGAUACGAUCGCUGCGUGCACCGCCGGAAAUAGUUCGCGACAUUCUCGAAGGGGUGCUGAGGUUGAUGGGCAUCCGGGAUACUUCUUGGAACAGUAUGAAAACUUUCCUGGCCAAGCGGGGCGUAAAGGAGGACAUCCGUUCGCUGGAUCCCUCCCGCAUAAGUCCGGAAAAUUGUGUCUCGGUCGAGAAGCUGUUACAGACGAAGGCGGAAUCGUACGAGCAGCGCAAUGCGAAGCGUGCCUCAGCAGCGGCAGCUCCACUGGCAGCGUGGGUCAUCGCGAACGUGAAGUACGCGAAGGUGAUGCAGAGCAUCAAACCGCUCGAACGCGAACAGAAUCAGCUGAAGGAGAAUCUGGACAAGGCCGAAUCGGACAUGCAGUCGUUGUCUAGCGGGUUGGAUAAUGUGAACGACACCGUGCGGAGUCUAUCCGAGCAGUUGAAUGUGUACACGCAGGAGGCAGCCAUGUUGGAGAUCAAGUUGGAUGAGGCGAAAAAUACCCUCCACACGGCAGAGAUAUUGGUGCAGAAUCUAAACAGCGAGUACACAAGCUGGAGUAAGGAGCUGGAUGAGCUGAACGAUGCAAUUGCCCACCUGGAUGGAAGAUGUUUUAUGACUGCGCUCAACAUUAGCCAACUUUCGCAGAUGAGUCUCGACGAAAGAAGGUCUUGCAUGACAAAGCUAGCCGAAGUGACAAAUACCCCGGAGUUUAAUCUGGACCAACAGCUGAUCACCAACCAGGACAAGAUAAUCUGGGAAAGUAUGGGCCUUAGCGCCGAUCAGCAGUAUCGCGAAAAUGCCGCCAUGCUCGUGAAGUUCCUCUCGCUGUCGUACUUCACCACACCCAUUCCACUGCUGAUCGAUCCCUCCGAGUACGGUCAGCAGUGGUUGACGAACUAUCUGACGUACCUCAAUCGCACCUACGAGCUGACAAGCCAAGGUGCGGAACGGUUUGCCUACAGUCUGGAACUAGCGGUACGGUUCGGUAAAAUAUUGAUCGUGAAGAACGUGAACGCCAUUCAGACCCCUUUGCUGUCUCUGUUCUGCACGGCCGUGCAGAGUCACUUCAACAAAAAGCUGCUACACGUCGGUAACAAAACGGUCGAUCUUCACGACGAUUUUAAACUGAUCCUGAUCACACAGAACGAAACGCUUGCACUGGACGAAGGGUUAAGGGCGCAAAUGAUGAUGCUGAAGUUCACCACGACUACCGCCGGGCUUACGGAUGUGCUCACAUACAAAUGGGUACACACGAAGCAGCCGGAAAUUGAACGAAAGCGUACCGAGCUGCUCCAGGAGGAGGGAAAGCUGAUGAAGGAAAAGCUGAACCUUCAGGACAAGCUACUGCAGGAGCUUUCGUCCGCUCAGGGCGAUAUAUUGAGGAACGAACCGCUUCUUAACACCCUCAACAGCAUCAAGAGCAGUGCGGGUGCGAUCGAAAAAGCGUUGGAAGAGUUUACGCAUGUGCGCGACACAAUUAUGGAACACUACACGCAACGAACUUCGCUCAGCGAGAUGGCCGCCAGGGUGUACAUGGGACUGCGUCGAUUUUACGCACUGAACGUUGGCAAGUACGUCUCGAUAUUUCUGAGCGUGAUCGACAACGAUAAGCACGCAGGUCAGGACGAACUGUACAGAAUCCUCGUGCGAAGAGUAUUCUCACUGCUCAGCCGGGCCAUUCCCAAGGACGAACAGAUCAUUCUUGGGCUGAACGUAUGCAAACAAGCCUUCCCAGAGUUGCUUCCCGAACGGGAAUGGGAAUCCUUUGUGCACAACUUCACCAAUGUGGACGCAUCCGCCACCGAUGGCAGUCAGUGUCCCCGAUGGAUAAGGCCAGAGCUGGGCGGUAAAGUGCUCGCCCUCAAAGCCUUACACCCCGACCUUUACGCACGCCUGGAGUUGGAGAAUGAAACGGCCUGGAGAAAGUACAUCGAAGCAGAUGAAGCCGUUGUACCCGUUUCGCUGAGCGAGUUCCAGCAGAUACUGGUCGCCCAAAUACUUCGUCCAGAUUUGCUCACAAAAACAAUCCAUCGCUCAGUGCGGAACAUGCUGGGGGUGAAAAGUCUUUACAGCACACGACCAUCGAUAAGGAGCCUUGCAGAGGAGUCGACUGCAGCGGAACCGUUGCUGCUGGUAACGUCAUCCGGGAUGGAUCCUUCGGAAGAGAUUCGAGAGCACGCCCGGCAAACGCCCGGUGUCGGGUUGACCAAGUACAGUGAGUUCUCGAUCGGCAAGGGACAGGAAAUGGAAGCGUUGAAGUUGGUGAAGGAUGCAGCCAACACGGGUAGCUGGAUCUGCAUCAAAAACGUUCACACCGUGCCCCAGUUCCUGACGACCACAUUGGACGAUGCACUGAAGACGGUUUCCUUGGCGGAUGGAUUCCGUCUAUGGUUGACGUCCGAAACGGACCAGCACAUUGGGGAAGCGUUCCAGAAGAAAUGCAACAAGGUGCUGUACGAACCACCAGCUGGAUUGAAGCACAAGCUGAAGCUGCUGCUGGAGCAACACGCGCCGAGCAUUAGCGCAAAGAAGCGUGACUACAAAACGAUCAAGCUGUACGUGGGGCUCUUCCUGCUGCACUCUAUCGUCCAGGAAAGGCGAUCCUACAUUCCACAGGGUUGGAGCAAGCGAUACGAUUUCUCUGACGCAGAUCUCCGCACAGCCAUGGACAUGAUACAGUACGUGGAAAGUUCGGCGACCGGAAGCACGCAGAAGAUUCCCUGGCCGCUGGUGCAAGGAUUAAGCGAGAAACUCAGCUACGGUGGCCGAAUAGACAACGAUCAAGACUUUAACCGCUUGGAAUGUCUCAUCGGAGAGUUUAUCGAUGAGAAGAUUAUGACCAGUCGGUGGCAACCGAUGUUUCUCAAUAUAAGCGUGCCCAAUUCUAGUCAUGUGGAGGAUUAUGUGAAAGCGUUCGACCAGCUCCCGGACACCGAUAGUCCUACGCUGUACGGUAUUCCCGCCUCAACGAAUGCCUCGCGUGAUCUUAUAUUCUGUCGAAAUACGUUGAAAAUACUACGCUCGCAAUAUUUCUCCUCCGGAACCGUACAAAACUUUGACAAACGUCUGCGGCCCAUAGUCAGUUUGUGGAACAAACUGUUAACCACCUCGAGUAGUUCGGCCUCGACUGCGGGAAGCGUCCCAUCUAUUGUUGCCAGGCUCAGCUCACUCAUCGAACGUUCACGAGACAGUACCGAUCCAUGGAUGAUCUUCAUCGUGUCGGAACUGACGGUGGCAAGACAGCUUUACACCGCAAUCAGUGAAAGUUUCCAGGCGCUGAAAGUUGCCUUAAAAGACGCCGGGCUGCUGAACGCCAAGGAUCGCUCACUGUUGACGACAAUUUGCGAUAAUCUGGUACCGAUCCAGUGGCGUCGUAUCUGGGCUGGACCGAAGACCGUGAUCGAGUAUCUGCGAGCGGUUUCAUUCAAAGCGCACCAUUGCGAACGAAUGUACGGUGCGCUGCUCGAACGGGCCGCGAUCGAUCAGAUCGAUUUCAACCAACUGUUCAACGUGGAAGCGAUGCUGACGGCGUUGAAGUUGAGCAAGUCUAGGCAGGCCGCUAUUUCCACCACCGAGCUAUCGCUGUGUGCUACGUUCGGUGUUGGCGGAUCGGCAAAGAAGGGCGUUUUGGUGGCAUCACUUUUGAUCGAUGGAGGUACACUGAAGCAGAAUAAGCUAGCUAUCCAGCAAUCAGCCUUACACCAAGGACCGGAUGUUAAUGCGACCGGUGCGUUUGAGCUGAACUAUGAGCCACGUGAAUCGACCACUGUUAGCAAAACGUCAACGAGGGACGAUGUACUUCCGGUGCCACUGUAUAACAACAUUUCGCGUGACGUCCUGCUCUGUACGAUCAUGAUGGAGAUUGCGCCGGGGCUGAGCAAAACUCAGCUUAUAUCUGCCGGACUAGCAUUGAUCGUCCCUGAGAGCUAUCAGUAGUGGUGUCAGGGGUUUUUUUUAUACCUUAGAGAGUUUGAGAGAGAGAAUCCCUUCUAUGGACCAUCAGUGGCUCACCCUGAGUGUCUUAUACCUCGUAAAAUCCUUGCCAUACGCAUACGUCGUUAGCAGUUUCUUGCACUUUAAGCGUCAGUGACAUUAGGGAAGCUGAUUUAGAGCUUAGCGAUACAGUAUGUACACAUUUAUUUCUUACUUCGAUUUUCCUUCGGAACUACCACAAGAGCUCGAGUGAUAAAGACUAACUUUUCACAUCCUC